AAUCAACCGUUCACCUCGAUAAAUAGCAUCGACGUCUAAUUCCCUUUCCCGUGUCCUCGUUGCAAGCCCUAAUUGUUCUUUGUGACAGAGAGCAGUAAUCAGAUGGCCGGGGAGGGAGUCGUGAUCGCGUGCCACACAGUCGAGGAAUGGAAUCAGCAGAUCCAGAUCUCGAAGGAGUCGAAGAAGCUUGUGGUGGUUGAUUUUACUGCUUCAUGGUGUGGACCAUGCCGGAUUAUGGCCCCCAUCUUUGCUGAAUUAGCUAAAAAGUUCACCGAUGCAAUUUUCCUAAAGGUGGAUGUCGACGAGCUGAAGACUGUUUCUGAAGAAUGGGGAGUAGAAGCAAUGCCGACUUUCAUUUUCAUCAAGGAAGGAAACCUAGUCGACAAACUUGUCGGUGCUCACAAAGAAGAAUUGCCAAAGAAGGUCGAACGGCACUCAUCAAGUUAACUGCCUGCCCAUGCAACCGACUGCUUUAUGGUUACUAUAUAUGUAAUAAAUAAGCGUUGACCUGGAUUGAUUUUCAUUUUAUGCUUCUAAAUUUGGAUCUUCUAUGAUCAGUAUGUUGGAAGGAUCGUCAAUACUUUUUCCUUUGAUAAAAUGGAUUAUGUGUUGUCAUUUUAUGCUUUAAA